AUGUCCUCCCAGUGGAUACUCAUCUUCGCCAUUGUGUUAGUAGCCUUGAUAGCUUCAUGUGGCGCCCAGCCAAUGCUGCCGCCGAGCACCACCCGGCCCAAGCUAAUCAUCGAGGAGCUGGAGCCGAUGAGGUAUCACUUUGUCACCGAGCAUCGACCCACUUCGCUGGGCCAGAAUUAUUAUUUAAAGCCCGGCCAGGUGGUGGGCAGCAUUACCCUGGACUCGGACACACUGCAGGUGCGGCAUGAGGAGGAGAAUCCCACGGGCAAGCCGGUGGCCAGCAAGCACAACAUACUCUUUGUGGCCAUUGCCAAGGAUAUGGCGCAGAAAACGCGACUGGGAAGGAAGUAG